UUUUGGGGGGCCGAUCAAUUGGGUGCAUUAAAAAAUGGCAGCUUUUCCCACCAACAAAAUAAAAAAUAGCAGCUUUAUUGUAUUUAUGCAGCAAUGAAUGAACACAGUAUAGUCUCACCGCCGAAGAGGAAGAAGAAGCUGUGACUUCGAAUCGUGGAUCUCUUUGAUUCCGACCCUGUGGGGUGUUACAUUAAGAAGCUCGAGAAAGAUCCAUAAAAUAAGCUUGAAAACAAGACCCAUAUAAGAAAUCCUGAAGAUGAGGCCAAAGAUUUAUCUUUUCGGUGAUUCCAUAACUGAGGAGUCCUUUGGCAUCGGAGGUUGGGGUGCUUCUCUCGCCAAUCAUUUCUCUCGCACGGUCGAUGUGGUGCUAAGAGGGUACAGUGGGUAUAAUACGAGAUGGGCACUGAAGGUUUUGGACAGAGUCUUCCCUGAGAAACGAGACGGUGAUGGUAGAAAUGGAAUUGAUAAUGAAAGCGAACCAAUUGCUGUGACUGUGUUCUUUGGGGCUAACGACGCUAGUCUUCCAGAUAGAUGUUCAGCGUUUCAGCACGUGCCUCUCCAUGAAUAUAAGCACAACCUUUACUCUAUUGUCUCCUUCUUCAAGAGGCAAUGGCCUAAUACCCACGUGCUCCUCAUAACACCUCCUCCAAUUGAUGAAGAUGCACGCUUAAGAUAUCCUUAUGUUGAGAAUAAGCAGGGCCUUCCAGAGAGGACAAAUGAAGCUGCUGGCCAAUAUGCCAGAGCAUGCACUGCUAUUGCUGGAGAAUGUGGAGUACCUGUCAUUGACCUCUGGACUAAAAUGCAGCACUUCCCUGAGUGGAAAAAAGAAUAUUUAAGUGAUGGUUUGCAUCUCACCCAAAGUGGCAACCAAGUUGUUUUUGAGGAAGUAAUCAGGAAGCUCAGAGAUGAAGGAUUGAGCGUAGAAGCUUUGCCUGUAGAUCUUCCAUUGAUAUCUGAUAUUGACCCUAAUGACCCCAUGAAGGUCUUUCAGUAGUAUUCACCUGCUUGGAUAACCAGUGAACGUAUGACAAACAACGGUUUUGAAUUUUUUGUGGACUGUUUUUGGGAGCAGACUUGGGGAUGAUUCUUCAUAUCUUUGUUAUUAGGUUUUUGAUUAGAAUAUGACAAGUAUAUACGUUUUCAAUAUGGUAUAGUUGUAUGAGACUUUUCACAAAAAGCUCUACAAUUGUAUAUUAUCAUUGAAAAUUAUAUACUGGUCAUAUUUUUAUCAAGCAGCUUGAUAAGAGAGAUAUGUGAAAUUACGUACAGAUAUUUUGUCAGUAUGAUUGUGUAUUAUCCUUUAAUUUUUAGGUCUUUGUUUUGUUUCUGUUGUUGUCCAUAUGUGUAUAAAACUAUGCCCCCAUUUUGUAAUGUUUUUAACUGUCAAUAUAUAGAUUUGGCAAUUCAGACAGAUGUUACAGUGC